AUGGUCAAAUACGGCACUAAAUUCGAUGAUGGGAACUCAACGGUUCAGACUGAUGUCGUUCUCAGCACAAAGGCCGUGCCAGGCGGUGUGUCCAAGAUCGGAGGUGAUAUAGAUGCGGUGGCCAGCGUAUAUCGAGCUGUUGAAAGCGGAUAUGCACCGCGGAUUGUUACUGAUGGAAGUGGUGCCCCCCUUGUCACCGUCUCGGCAGUCAAAUGCAACGGUGGAUCUGAGCAAUGGAGCCACUUCGUUGAUGGACAGGAACUUCGCCCCAACAUCCGUCUUGUCGACCCUACCGCUCGACUUUACUUCAUCUUCAACGUUGCUGAAUACCCGACGAAGGACACAGAGAGAUUCCUUGCUGUCGAGAUCGCAGCAUCGUGGUUUGAAGAUGAUGAGGCGAGAGCAGAGAAGGACGAAGCAGAUAGGCUUGCAGCGGAAGAGGCUGCAAAGAAUCGCACUCGGUCCGCCAUCAAUGCGACUCUACAGAAGCAAUGCCCUCAAGGUGUCGAGCUUCCUAAACAAACAAUAUGCAUGAGAUUGAGGAGUGGGCCGAGGACGUGUGGAGACAUUCAUUGCUUGAUGAAGACAGCACUUCGAAUUCCAGCACCGGCGGCAUGA